AAAGAAAGAAAUAGAAUAAAUAAUGAGAUUAAAAUGGCAAAAGCGAAUUAUUACAAAUCAGAAGUGGAACAAAAUGUGGGUAACCCGAAGGAAAUAUGGAGGACAAUCAAUGAAUUAACAUAUCGUAAGUGCACUAGUAACUCUUCAAUAAGUGAACUAAAAAGUGGUGAUAAUUCCUUCACAAAACCCGCAGAAAUGUGUGAGAUUUUAAAUGACCAUUUUACAUCUGUCGGUCCAAACCUAGCCUCCACACUGCCUAAUGGUAAUACAAGUUUUGACUCUUACAUAAAGCCUGUUUCCACGACUUUUAAUUUACAACAUACCUCUGCCACUGAAGUUUUAAAGUUAUUA